UUGUAAAUGAAUAUGUCGAGAUACCAGCAGAAUCUACAAAACCUGAUGUAAAUAAAGGGGAGGAAGAGGAAGAUGACGACAAUGAUGUUAAAAAAUAUUUGUCUUUACAAUCCAGACUUGAACGAGUAUAUUUAUUUACAAUUAAUGUAGAAUUUGAGGAAGUGAGGACAACUGAACAACAACAAAUAUUAUUUUCGAAUGAUGAUGAGAGGACACCAAAAAUUAAAGAUUGUCUAUUUCUUAUUAAAAUGUUGCUGGCUACAUAAAAUUUUUAGGAGAAAAAAAUAAAUUUUAUUUUGACCAUUUUUACAUAUUUUGCCAACUGACCAUUUUGCAAUUGUGGCGUUUUGUCGCGCUAAUUUUUAUUUUUUUCUUUGUUUUUGUUAUUUUUUUGAUUUUAAAUUGAUUUUUAGAUUUGUUUUAGAUUUAUUUUUCUAAGAAAAAUGGCUUCUUCAAAUAUUGACCAAGAAAUAGUUCGGGAAUCGUUAGAAUGCCCAAUUUGCAAGGACUUCUUUUCUGAGCCUAAACAGCUUCUUUGUGGACAUACUUUCUGUCAAGGAUGUAUUGAUGGAUUGGAAAAAGUUAUUUCGUCGUUUGGAAAUGACUCUGAAUUUGGAUUUUUGCAUACAAUUUAUACUCGUUCUGCUGAGGCACGUCGCUGUAUAAAUCAGCGCUUGAAUGAGGGCCAAAGAUACUCUAUUAUGUGUCCAAACUGCCGCAAAAUGUCUCUUAUUCCUGAGAAUGGAUUAAAUACUAAUUAUGUUGUUAAAGGUUUUUUUCAACUCUUAUUUUAUAACUUUUUUUCCUUAGAAAUGGUUGAGAAAUUUCGUUUCAUUUCGUUUACCAACAGUGGAUUCAAUGGGAAUGACUCAUCAGCUGAUUCUGGGGAGAAGAAUACAUGUUCUGGAUGUUCUCGUCCAACACCUACAAAUGAAUUGUUUUUCUGCAAAGGGUGUGCUUCUGUUACGAAUAAGAAGGUUUUGAAUUUUUGUGAUAAUUUGAGAGUUGGCUCGAUAGGGUGUAAGUUCAUAGUCCAAGUUCAUCCAAAAUUUCAUAACUUUUAA